AUGUCUGCAAUUCUUCAUAAAAAUCAUGGUAAAAACGCACCCACCAAUUAUGGAGCUACUAGUAAUGGUGGUGAGGGAGGAGGCUCCAAUAAUGUGGAAGAUGAUAACGUAGUUCAUAUUGAUCCAAAUGGAUGGAAAUUCAUCAAAUACAAGUUCCGUGAACCUUUCGCCGAAUUCAUUGGUACAUUUACUUUGGUCGCUUUUGGUAUUGGCAGUAUCGCUCAAACAGUUCUCAGUAAAGGAGAUAAUGCAGUCACAAUAACUUUGGCAGUUUAUCGUAAAUUUCCUUGGUUGAAAGUUCCUGUGUAUAUUUUGGCUCAAACGUCUGGAGCAUUUGUUGCUGCGGCAGUCAUUUACAUAAAUUAUCAUCCAGCAAUUACAAAUUAUGAUGGUGGCGAACGCUCAGUCACCGGAGUAAACGCUACUGCAGGAAUUUUUGCUACAUAUCCUGCUCAGUUUAUGGGAACUUUUGGAUCAUUCUUUUCAGAAGCGCUUGGCACAUUCUUUUUGCUUCUAGUUAUAUUGGCGGUAACCGAUGAAAGAAAUGAAUUAAAUAUCAAACCAGUUGCACCUAUUAUAAUCGGUCUAGCUCUUGCCACAAUUGCACUUUCCCUAGGUUACGAAACCGGAUUUAGUUUGAAUGGUGCUCGUGAUUUCGGGCCAAGAUUGUUUACAUUCUUGGUUGGUUAUGGUAUAGAAGUUUUUUCUACAAGUUGUUUUUACUUUUGGAUUCCAAUUGUGGCCCCAGUUGUUGGUGGUUUAAUUGCUGGGCUUGUAUAUGAUUCCAUGAUUUACUGGGGAAAAUCUCCUUUAAAUUAA